AUGUCUUCUACGCAAGAUUUUUGGGCGAAGAGUUUUUGGAGGAAUUCGGAUAUCGGUUACUCUUAUUCUAAUUCCAUUGUCUUGUCGGGUGGUCUCAUUACUCUUUGGAAGGAAGGGUCGAUGGAAGUAGAAUUUAGUUUCAAAGGGGAAGGUUAUUUGGGUAUUAAAGUUUUGUUCAAGGAGUUCAUCUAUUAUAUUGUGAAUGUUUAUUCACCUUGUUGUUUGCGAAAGAAGAAAUUUUUAUGGGAGAGAUUGUUGGAUCUAAAGGAGACGUUUUCGGAUGGGGAGUGGUUGAUGGGUGGGGAUUUUAAUGCCAUUAAACACCGUAGCGAAAGGAAAGGGAGGAGCAUGUUUGUUAAUGAUAGUGAGAGCUCUUUAUUUGCGGAUUUUAUAGGUGAAUAUGGUUUGGUGGAUGUUCCUUGCAAAGGAAAGAAAUUUUCUUGGUAUAGCGGAGAUGGUAGAUCUAUGAGCCGGAUUGAUCGUUUUAUCUUAUCGGACGUGAUUGUGAAUAGAUGGAAUGUCAUAGGUCAAUUGAUAGGUGAUAGAGACAUUUCGGAUCAUUGUCCGAUUUGGCUUGUUUUGGAUGGUAAUAAUUGGGGCCCUAAACCAUUCAAGUUCAACAACGAAUGGUUUUCCUUCAAUUCUUUCAUCCCGUUCGUUGAAAAGAAGUGGAGAGAGAUGGUGGUGGAAGGGAGAGGAGAUUUUUUCCUAAAAGAAAAACUUAGAAUUCUUAUAGAUAGAUUAAGAUGGUGGAACAAAGUUGUGUUCGGAAAGGUAGAUUUGGAGGUGGAGGAUAAAGUGAGACUUAUUAAUGAAGGUGAUGUGUGCUUGGAACAAGAAAAUGGUGAUUUUGAUUCUAUAGUCUUUUUCAAUCGUAAGGAGGCAACGAAGAGCUUUUGGAUGAAUUUGAGAAUUAAGGAGAGUAUGCUUGCUCUAAAAUCUAAUGUGAACAUAGGUUAA